AUGGCCAAGUACAAUCUGGAAUCCACUUGGAAACCAAUAUUCCAUCGGUACAAUGCACUUCAGUUACAAAUAAUGGCAAUUCUGUGGAUCCUGAUCAGUCUUCCACCCACCGUUUCCAUUAUGUAUCUCAUCGUUCCACUCAAACCGCAAUACAUUUCAUCCCACUUUAAACGGGAUUUAGAAAAUCCUUCAGUUUUUGCUGCAUUUGCUCUGCUGGAAAUCUACUCGAAGACUUCAGUCGCAUUGGUGGAUGGGAUGGAAGGAUUCCAUGUGUUAGUCACUGUCUACGUCGCGAUCUGCUGUACAGAUGCAGUCAGAAUUUGCAAAUCAUCCACUCGACGUAAAAUUCAUGAUUAUCGCACCUUGAGCGUACUUCUUGCAGCCUUUAACUCUUCCAUCACGAAGGAAAUGCUCGCAUUCAUCUGUUUUUGGGGGCCUGGUCGAUUCAUUUUCAUCUCAGCAUUUGCCACUAUUCGAUUUCACGGUCAAGUCAGCCUUUUCGAGUAUGCCCCCUUUCCAAUUGUCCUGUGGAACUUGAUGAUGGCUUUACUGCUGGCAGUGCUGACCACGGCAUCGGUGGGGGAGGCAUCAGAAAAGCUAUUUAACUCGAUAAAAUCAGAAAAAAGUGGGGUCACUCGAGGAAAACUAACGGUCAGGGAAAUCAAGUCAUUAAGAAAAUUCGGCGUUGAAGUCAGUUCAGCCAAAGUGAUUGAGAGAAUUGUCAUCUUGAAAAUUUUGUACUUUGUGCUAGACACGUUGACGACAGGUUUGGUGACAUUUCCGAAAGAAGCCAUUUUUCCCCCAAGUUAG